UAAAAGACAAGAGUUCUACAAACAGCAGUGUGUGAUGUGGCUACUUCAUCCAUCGCAGGGUUCAGCCAGUUUCUUAGUGUUAUUUUUAUAAUGUCACAGGAUGGAAGCAGACAAUUAGAAAGCAGGUUAUGUUUCUCUGCUUUUCCCACUGCCCAGCUCAGUGCCCUGUUUGCUGAAUUGGAUCUGAAAUGAUGAAAGAGAUCUCCAAGGACCAGGAGAGCCUGGAAUACAGGCUGGACUGUGCUCCUGAUCUGCGGUGUGAGAAGAAAACAGGUUUAGUGCCUGUUUGCCAAAUUUGUGAGACGUGUGUCUUGUCUUGGAGGGUCUUCUAUACCAAAGAGUGGUUCCUGCGGGCCAGCAAUGUCACCCAAAGGAAGUUCCUGGUGGGGAUCGUGAAGCGAUUCAACAGCCUGGAUUUGCUAAACUAUGCUGAGAAAGUCCUGCAGACCUCCCACGGGAAGGAUUUCACUUUCAGCCGGUCCCGAGUCACCCCCAGCCUCAAAGAAGACAUGACCACGUCCGCUUCUGACCGGGCUUUGAAUAUCGUAACUCUAGAGAAAGCCAUGUCGGAGACCUGGAAGUGGUUCAAAAACAGUUCCUACUGGACUAAAGCAAACUACACUCUGCUCUUGCUUCAGAUGUGUAACCCUAAGUUACUGUUUAUAGCUGCUAACCUAGUCAGAGUCCUCCUGGUCAGAGAGCAGAGUGCCAGCUCAAAAAGAGAAACAGAGGACGAGGAAGACAAAAUCACAGUGGCCUUCACUGAGACCCAAAGCAGCUUCAAGCUACAGGAACGCACGAAAUCCCAGGUGCAAUUGCAACCCACGUCUCAAUCCUUCCUGACUUCUUCCACAGCCCUAGAAAGUGGGGUCUCAUCAGAAGGAACCAGCCAGUUUAGUGAAAUAGGCAUAGGUGUCCAAGGACAGAUACCGUGCUUCUGGCCCAGAGACCUGGCGCACAUGUAUAGUGAGAGAGCUGCAUCGGCGGAUGAUGAUAUAUCCUCCAUGUCUUCAAUCGACCCAGCCCCCACUGUUGUCCCUGCAGCUUUCCAGUCAGCCUCCAGCCUGAACAAGUACAAGGACUUCAUCCGCUGCCUGCCGACCCAUCUGUCCAAGUAUAUCCUGGGGUUUCUGGAUACAAAGAGCCUGAACAGGUGCAUUUCUGUGAGCCAGCACUGGGCUUUCCUGGCCAGAGAGGUCAAGCAGGAACAUCUGUCGCAUAGCCUAGUCCUGGAAGAGAUUGUGUACUUGCAGGGGUCAUGUCCUAGGGGAGUCAUUCCCAGCUAUGCUAAAAUGACCAACGUUGUAAUUCCAAGGAUAACUAAAGAAGGGGACAUCAUCCCAGCAAGAGGUCGCAGAUGGAAACGCAGAGGAAAGGAGGAGAACAACCUACAGGCGGCUUAUCAUGGCCAGAUGACUGAAACUGUCCAGCUGGAGGAGAGAAACAUCUUCUGCGGCUCCUACAACGUUCGUGUCCUUACAGACCAGUCAGAUCCACACAGGGUAAUCCACUACAGUGGUGGGAACUUGCUUGCCAUUGGCUCAGUGGACCGCAAAGUCAGGUUCCUUGAUGUGUUGGAGCUGAAGGAAGUGCCGCCUGUGAUCAGUGGCCAUGCUGGGAGCAUCAAGGCAGUGUUCCUCAAUGAGAAGAAAGGGUUCGUGCUGAGCGCCAGCUUUGAUCUCAGCAUCCGAUGCUGGAAUAUAUUCACUGGGGUUUGUGUGAAGAUCCUUAACGGUCACUCAGGGACCAUCACCUGCCUGGACGUGUAUAAAAACAGGGUUGUGUCAGGAGCAAGAGACUGCAUGGUCAAAGUGUGGGAUUUAAGCACCGGGCGAUGCAUCAAAACUUUAAAACACAAAGAUGCCAUUUGGACAGUUAAAAUCAACAACACCCACAUUGUGAGUGGUUGCGAAAAAGGGUUGGUGAAAGUGUGGCACGUUGAUACAUGCAUGUUGAUCAAGACCUUAGAAGGGCACCAAGGCCCAGUAAAAUGCCUGGCCUUUGAUCAAUGGCAUCUAGUGACAGGAAGCUCUGAUGGAUUUGUCUUGGGAUGGAGCAUGGUGGGAAAACAUAAGCGAUGUCUAAUGGCUUUCAGGCAUCCACAGCAGAGAUGGACCUGCUUCACUCACCAUCCAAGAACCUUGUUACUUCAAUCUUCUCAUGUAGGAAUAAGGAAUGUGCUUAUGCUCCGGUGUUUUGUUUUCAGGGAAGUCCUGAAUCUGGCAUUUCUGUAUCUCCGAGUCAUCAGUGCCUGCGCUGAUGGAAAAAUACGUAUAUUUAACUUCCUGACUGGGACCUGCCUGAAGGUGAUGAGGGCCAAUAGCAGAGGUGACCCUGUGGUGUCCUUCUGCAUUGUAGAAAAUAGGAUGGUGAUCAAUGCUCUGAGCAGCGUACUGAUGUUCCAGUUUGAGGAUGUAGAAUGGGACUACACGCUACAGGCUGACCGAGAGGAAGUAACAAAGGAUAAGGAAAAGCACAAAGAAAUCAGGGUCAGCAUGCAGCCUUAUCCAUAUGUUCGUGCUCAGCACAUGAAAAGGGAUGUAGCCAGCCCCAAGAAGAUAUAUUAUUCCGAGGAGAAACCAGAUGAGGACCAGAUAAUGUUGGCAUACCUGAUUCGCCGUGGGUCAGCGAGGGGUUCCGGGACACCUUCAGGUCUCCGUUAUGAAUUUGUGAAGGCACCUGCUCACCGGUCAAAUCAGACUUUGCAAAGGAGCAUGGGUUGCCUUGAUAUAAAGCCGGACCAGAAGAAAAAGUUUGCUCUUCCUGGGAGACGACAGGUCUAUAGCAGUGAUUCAGAUGACUCAGGUCGAACAUACGGUGCAACAACACCACAAAGCUUGUCAGAGUCUGAUAGUGAAUCUGGCUACGACUCUCCGGUCCAUGCAUCUUCACUUGCUGAAAACGCAGAGGCCGCUUUACAGCGUAUAAAGAAACGAAGCCCGCACUGUCCCAUUUCUCCUGACCAGAUUCUCCUGACUGUUAGCACGCUGCAGCACGCCUACAAGUCAGACCAAGUCAGCUCCAAUAUGAUACACCAUGCCAAAAUCAGAGAUGUCUGGGGACCUCGGCUGCGCCCCCAGGAACGCCCCAAAAAGAUGUUGUCAUACAAAAUCCCUAAGCAAGAGAAAAAGGAUCAGUCAACCCAACUCAGACACAUUAAAUCUGCCAGUGGCUCUCUGAGUAUGAAAAGAAUUUCCACACCCUUUGAAACCAAAAGACUGCAGCUCAACUUGAAGAAUUCUUUGCAUGGGUCUGCAGUGCACUCUUUCAUUCCUGCUCCCGUGAUUGUACGCUCCAAGUCAUGCUGCAGCUUGCCAGAAGAGAAGAAGGUUCAUACUGGCCAUGGCAGAGCCACUUCCCUAUCUGAGGGUGGGGCUCAGUUGAUUGGCCACUUAACGAGCUCAUCUGAAUCCAUCAAAUUGACACGCAUGAUGAUCGCACAAACUAAAAUUGAAGGAGGACCCCGGAGAGAAAGUCCCCUCUUCUUACAAACCGCAAAUCCUUACCGGAUCAACAGCGGGUUCAGGCUUCUGACAGUGAAGCAGAUGAAAAUGUAUGAAGAAGCUACAGCUGUUGAGUAUCAAGCUCACCAAACAAAACGUAUAGCAGACCAACAAAAAGAGUGCAGGAAGGCCUGGUUAAAGAAAAUUAAAGGCCUCCCCAUCGACAAUUUCACCAAGGAGGGAAAAAUAGCUGCCCCCGAACUUGGGCUUAAUGUGUAUGUCUGAGCGUAGCUCCUUAAGGCACACUACCAGCUCUUUUAAAGAAAUAAAUGCAAACAAAUAGAUGGGAUUUGGGGCUUCUUGGGUUGCUCAAAUUGUUUGAUUCAGCUGUGGUCCCUACUUGAGGAUACCAUCUCAUGGCCUUCAAUGUUCUGUUGUGGGAGGGAUUAUAUAAGGAACACUGCAUGACUCUUCAAGAAAAUAUUAUUGACUUAGUUAAAUAGUCCUCACAGCAGCCUAUGAGAUUAUUAUUCAGCUGGGCCUAGUGUUACAGUAGACUGAUUUAAAUGUGAUCAUCAGCAUCUCCUCUUGUGAUCACCACAUAGUGCUAUGCUUGCAAGUUUUCCUCGUGAGGCCUCAGACAAGCUCCAAGAGGCUGAUCAUCUGAUCUAUGUUUUGAGCAAGGGGUGCCUGACCCUUGCAAUCCUGGGGGCAAUUCACCAGGUGUCUGAGCCACAUCAAAUGUGCAUAUUUAUUAUACAAAAUAAAGGUAC